CUUCAUUGACCGUAAAAAAAAUAAAAGUAAAAAUGCGUGCUGUGUUGUUGCUUUGUGUGUGUGUUUACCUGGUGGUUGGACAAAAUUUUAAUGAUUUGGAACGUAUGCCGAAAUACGAUAGGAGAUACGACUAUUUGGACUUGGACACUUUGUUUUUAAAUAAGAGACUAGUCAGGAACUAUGUGGAUUGUCUCAUCAACGCCCAACGAUGUACACCUGAGGGGAAGCAGCUGAAACGAAUACUGCCGGAAGCCUUAAGAACGAAGUGCAUACGAUGCACAGAGACGCAAAAGAAGACCGCCGUGAAGGUGAUUAAGCGGUUGAAAUACGAGUUUCCUGAAGAAUGGGCCAAGCUGUCCUCCCGUUGGGACCCCACGGGCGACUUCACCAGAUACUUCGAAGAGUACCUGGACAAUGAGAACUUCAAUACUAUUUCCGGCUCCAUUGACAACAAUGAGGCAGUCCCGUCUAGCCGUCCAGCGCCAGUGCCCGUAGCACCCACGCUGGCUCCUCUGCCCCCAGUGCCACCAAGGCUGCCCAAUGUGCCGGUAACGCGACCUUCACUGCCGCCACCUACCCAGGCGUCAACGCAACGGAUUCCCGACGCCACCACGUCUGUGAAGCCCGUCAUCCUUAACAGAUUCGGAGACGACGGAGAGCUGAUGAUGGGCAGCCCCUCAUCUGCUAGUGUGACUCCUCGUCCAACCACCGCCAGGCCGCCCAUAACACAAAACACUCAGAGACCGACUACUAGGCCGACUUACACGUAUGCGGGCGCGGGUUCUGACGCUAUAAGCACGCGUUUCCCGCAGCGGCCCACCACUGAGCUGCCGCAGCCGUACUCAACCGCCAUCACCUUCAUCGACCAGAUCGGCUACAAGAUCAUCAGGACCACCGAGCUGGUCACUGACAUACUGAAGAGCACCGUCAAAGCUGUCAUUGGCCGGUAACUUUUUGAAAAAAAA